ACAAACGCCUCUCAUCACGAGGGAACUGUGAAACGUCUGGCACAUAUUUCUUAUGCAUUUCAGUGACGACAUUCUAUUUUGCUCUGUUCUUCGCACGCCACUGGUUGCUCUGAUUCUCUGAUAUUGGUCCGAACUUUACAAAUUUCUAUUCUAAGUUGAUUUAGCAGACCUGUGUGCAUCAAGAGAUUAGUUAGAUUUCUCGAACGCUGUUGCACCGAAGCCACUGCUGUAGCUAUGGCGCUGGCCUUGCAAUUGAGCGCCACCAGUGCUGGUAGCCACACACUUACGACGAGAUGCGUUGGAGCAGUGCAUAGUGCAAGUAAAAUUGGCUAUGGGAGCGUUGCGGUCAACGAUCGGACCUGUGGAGGAGUUUUGCGGCAUCAGGUGGACCAGCUAUGGCAUGUGAAGGAGGCUGCCUUGGUUAGGGCUGCAAGCGUCGUGCGCAGAAGUGCGGAGUCGCCCUCCGGCAGUGUGGAAGUGGCUGUUGGUGGGAUAACCGAGGUCGGCAACGACACGUUCUAUCCGUUUUUGAAAGAUGCAGGGGAGAAAGUGGUGGUUCUAGACAUGUACACCCAAUGGUGCGGCCCGUGCAAGCUCAUGUUGCCCAAGGUGCUGAAGCUGUCGGAAUCUUACACCGACGUGCUGUUUGCAAAGCUGGAUUGCAAUCAGGAGAACAAGCCUCUUGCGAAGGAGUUGGGUGUGAAAACCGUGCCCACAUUCAAGAUCUUCAAGAACGCGGAGGUCGUCGGCGAAGUCCGGGGAGCGAAGUACGACGAGCUUGUCAAGGCGAUCGAGAGCGCUCGAUUGCUCUCGUGAGGAGUAUUGCCUCAUUCUUCUUGUGCAGAUUGAAACUCUUGUUACAAAUGUAAUUAUCUUUUCCCCUAUUGUUUUUGGGUGCAUAGCCCUCAUCUAUACAUAAAUUGUCUAGCGUAUUUACUACCCUUUGAGCUUGUGGGUGCGCAUGUGCAACAUUGUAUAACAUUACGCUGUGCGUGUCUUUUCACUCCCAUGUCCAGAUUAUCAGAGAGGUCGGUUGUAGGUUUCUUCUGAAUGUUGUGUCAAACUUUCGAAGUGAUCUGUCUGGAGUAAAUUGACCCACCUGGUUGUUUAGAUCCUUAA